UCGUGUCCUCGUGUUGUGCUUAACCUCUUUGCUAGUAGUAACUUCACAACAGUCUGUUGUAUACUACACGUGAUGAAAAUCCUAACCUCAAUAUAAAGAAGUAAUCAUGGGACGUCGUAAAAAGGGACGUUGCGUGAAGAAAAAUAAACAAAUUAAUUCUGAAGAAAGUCCAGAUGUAAUAAAAGCACCUCAUUCCUUUGUUAUUCAUCGUGGACUGCCUGGAGAAUAUAUUGUUGAACUUACUAAAGACUUUCGUAAAAUUAUGGAACCUUUUACAGCAAUGUCUUUAAAAGAAAGGAAAAAAAAUACAAUUAAAGAUUUUGUAUCAAUAGCUAGUGUAUUUCAUAUUACACACAUGUGUAUAUUUACAAAAACAGAACAAGGAAUGUAUUUCAAACUGUGCAGAUUACCAAGAGGACCAACACUCACUUUUAAAAUACAUAGUUUUUCCUUAUCACGUGAUGUGAUAUCUUUAUUAAAAAAGCAAAUGGUAUAUGAAGAAUUAUUUAAAAAUUCUCCAUUAGUAAUUCUAAAUAAUUUCAGUGGAGAAGGUAUGCAACUGAAACUUAUUGCUUCUAUGUUUCAAAAUAUGUUUCCAACAAUAAAUUUGACUUCAGUUAAUUUAAGUACAAUUCGUAGAUGUCUAAACUUAAAUUACAAUUCUAUAUCAAAAACAAUUGAUCUCAGGCAUUAUGCUAUUAAAGUAGUACCUGUUGAUGUAUCGAAAGGCGUUAAGAAAUUAAUUCAAGCCAAGAUUCCAAACUUGUCUAAAUGUGAAGAUUUCUCUGAUUUUUUAACAAAAGGAACAAUCUCUGAAAGUGAAGCUGAAGAUGAUCCUUCAAGUCAUGUUACAUUACCACAAACAUUAUCCUCGCGUGGUAAUCAUGCAAAUAGUAAAAGUGCAAUCAAGAUCUUUGAAUUGGGUCCUAGAUUAAAAAUAGAGUUAAUAAAAGUUGAAGAUGGAGUUUUGGAUGGUGAAGUGCUUUUCCACGAAUAUAUUUACAAAUCCGAAGAAGAAAAACAAUUAAUAAAGAAAAAACGAGAAGCAAAAAAGAAGUUGAAGGAAAAAAGAAAGAAGAUACAAGAAGAAAACAAAAAGAAAAAAGAAUUACAGAAACAAGAACAUAAAGAAAAAUCUUUAAAAGGAAUGCAAAAGAAAAAAGAAAAUGAAAUAUUAUUACAAAAACUUGCAAAAGAAUCAGUUAUGGAAAAUAAUAUAGAAGAUGAUGAUAUACAAUAUUACCGCGAUGAAAUUGGAGAAGAGCCUGAUAAAGAUUUAUUUGAAAGAAAAGUUGGUGAGAAAAGGCGUAGGAGUAUAUCUAAAUAUGAAGUAAAAAAACAAAAACUUGACAAAUCAUGAUCAAUAUUGAAAAUUA